AUGACAGCUGUUACUGAAACGCUUACACAAGGACAGGUAUUUAUGCUUGAGCCUACAUAUGAUAUGCAGCAUAGAGACAAUUCAAGUAUGGCAGGUACCGUCGAAGACGUUGGUGGGGUGUCGGAUUCGCUUUCUUCUCAAGGUUCAGGAACGAUGCCAAGACCCCCACGGGCUACGUUGGAGCAGCGAAUUCAGAUCUUGGACCUUUAUCAUAGCACAAAAAUCACACAAGCGCAGAUCGUAAAUCAGUUUAAGGAACAGGUCUCGAUAUCUGGGUCGACUCUGAGUGAGUGGAUUAAGAAAGAGGACGAACUGCGCGAACGUUACAAGGAUUUGCAAGAAAAGCAACUUGCCAAGGCCAAGGUGAGCAAAAAUAAAAGCAACUACAAAUACGAUGAGAUGAAUAAGCUCAUGGAUGAUUACGUUUCUAUUCUAAGACUCAAUAAUCAGCAGAUAACAGAAAACACACUCAGAGAGUGCUGGCAACAAUACGCGAGAUAUUUGGGGAUUACUGAUCCGAAGCGGCUAAAGUCAUUCAGUAAUGGAUGGCUGUCUCAGUUCAAGAAACGACAUGGGUUGAAGUUGAAGCGAAACUUCCUCAAGCCUGGGGUAGUGUCAUCAGGCAAGAAUACUAACUAUGGGAAAGUGGCGCCAUUGGUGAAUAUUUCAAAAGAUUUAGAGAUGGAUGAUUUGUUUUGUCAAGUGUCACCCGUGGUAGGUAACAGUCAGAGUUAUUCCCCUCCAACUUAUGAAUCCAUCCAGAAGAGCGAAAGCUCCACCGAAAUGAAAGGGCAAGUACAGCACCUAAAAGCUGAAGACUCACCUGUAGAUCUCUCAGCGAGCAAAAAACUAGAAUACCAGUAUCAAGGUCCUCCUUCUGUGAAUAAUAUACCAACUUCAUCACAUACUACACAGUCCGAAAUACUUACCUCAAAGCCUGGAGAUCUCCUUAUGGGCUCCACUGAAAAAGGCUGUGGUACUGGUGCUCAAUAUCUCAUGCAGCCUCAAAACGUGGCAAAGUCUCAGGAGAUAACUCAAUUCAGGUAUAUUGCGCAAGUGCCACAGGAGGAAAUUCAUGUAGAGAGCUCAAGCCCAGUGCAAAACUUACAGAGAUCUUACAUGCUCAGUGAGAUGGAGUUUGAAAGAUUCCUCAACAAAUAUGCACACGAGUUUUUGGUAACAAAUAUGGACAGGUAUCCACAGUCUUUCGCACUAUUUCAACAUUUAACCCAAACAUUUCGAGAGGAAAGAGAUCUAAAUGCCGAUGACAGAUUGAAAAACUUGUUUAUGAAGUGUUGA